UGGCAUGUCAUAAUUAUUGGCUGCAGUUUUACCUCAUGGGGAGGGAAAUGUGACGGAUUUACUUGCAGAGAAUAAUGGGGUUCGGAUAAAGAGGAAGGAGAUCAGCGGUCUCUGUGUAUUCGUACAGAGCAAUAGACUUGAAAACAAGGGCUGUGAUGAAAAGCAAGUUUACUAAAUGCAUGCUAAUGUGGGUUGGAAGGCAUACUUAUUAAGCAAUCAGCUGAGAGCUUUAUCUUCCCUGCUAUUCUAUCACAACCUGACCCAGAUAGACCACUCUGAGAGAAAGCUUUACAUUUCUGGUAGUGUACAGUGGAGACAGAGAAGGUCAGUGAAAAAGUGAUGAGGAUGGAGAUGAAUGGCAGAAAUUGACGAUACCUUUAAAAUUUGGCAGGUUUUUCUCAUGUCAAAUUUCCUUUAUUGCUUGUUUGCCAUUUUAUUCAUUUAGCACAUCAUGGUACUCUAUUAUGAACCUACUAUGAUCAUGGAGUUACAUAAAGGUGGUUGAUUUUCUGUAUUCACUGAAGAGAGAUCUAUACAAAAAUGGAGAAACCAGAGGCCGCUGGUGGAGAUAAGCAGAAAUUAGCAGCGCGAAAGAGCAAUGAUGUUGGAGCACAUCCUAGUAGUAAGCUGGAAAGUGGAUCAUCAAGUACUUCAUUUAAGUGGAUGGCAUUCGAUACACAAGCAGCUGAAGAGUCUAACGACACUGCUGCUGCUGCUGCUUCUGGUGACGUUGAUGGAAUUUUAGACUCAAAAAUCAUAACGGAGAAGGCGAGCAUAGUGGCAAGGACAGCAGAAUGGGGAGUUGUGGUGAAGCCGGAUGAUUCUGGUGAAGGAACUUUUAAGGCCAUAGGGAGGUCAUCAGAUGAUGGCAACAAAAGCAAAAACACAUCAGGGAGAUUUGAAUCAAGGACAUCAUCAGAGUCAAGUCAUGGGUCUGAUCAGUUGCCUAAUCCAAGGGUGUCAAGUGAGUUGAAGACAGCUUUGGCUACAUUGCAGCAGACUUUUGUUGUGUCUGAUGCCACAAAGCCUGAUUGCCCAAUCGUGUAUGCCAGCAGUGGCUUCUUUACUAUGACUGGUUACUCUUCAAAAGAGGUCAUUGGAAGAAACUGUCGCUUUCUUCAGGGACCGGAAACAGACCAGAAUGAAGUGGCCAAAAUCCGAAACGCAGUCAAAACUGGGUCUAGCUACUGCGGUAGGCUCUUCAACUACAAGAAAGAUGGCACUCCUUUUUGGAAUCUUCUCACCGUCACCCCAAUCAAAGAUGACAAUGGAAAAACCAUCAGGUUUAUUGGAAUGCAGGUUGAGGUCAGCAAGUACACAGAAGGGGUGAAUGAGAAGGCAUUGAGGCCAAAUGGGUUGUCCAAGUCACUAAUCCGUUACGACGCUCGACAGAAGGAGAAGGCAUUAGGCUCCAUUGUUGAAGUUGUACAAACUGUGAAACAUCCACGUUCUCACAUGCAGGAUGCUAGCAAUGAGAAUACUAAAAAUCAUGAAGAGCUGGAUAACAUGAACCUUAAUUAUGUUCUUCCAAAAUCUGCUGCAAUGAGUACACCUGUUAGAGAGACUCCUCAGGUGGAUGUGAAGGGUGAUGCAACUCGGGGGAGAUUUUCCCAGGAUGCAGGCAAAAAUCCUAAAAAGUCAGGGCGCAGCCCCUCAAUGGGAUUUAGAUCAAAGUCUCUAGGCUCUGGAGGCAGGCUUGAAAAAGAACCAAGUGUUGAACCAGAGGAUUUGAUGACCAUAGAUAUAGAAAAUGCUGAUAGUUGGGACCGCACAGAAAGAGAAAGGGAUAUACGCCAAGGAAUUGACCUAGCAACCACAUUGGAACGCAUUGAAAAGAACUUUGUGAUUUCUGAUCCUAGAAUUCCUGAUAAUCCAAUUAUAUUUGCAUCUGAUAGUUUUCUAGAACUGACGGAAUAUACACGUGAGGAAAUUCUGGGAAGAAAUUGUCGUUUUCUUCAAGGUCCUGAAACAGAUCAAGCAACAGUCUCAAAAAUAAGAGAUGCCAUCAGAGAACAACGGGAAAUUACUGUACAGUUAAUCAACUAUACUAAGAGUGGAAAGAAGUUUUGGAAUUUGUUCCACUUGCAACCCAUGCGUGACCAUAAGGGUGAACUUCAAUAUUUCAUUGGUGUCCAAUUGGAUGGUAGUGAUCAUGUAGAACCUCUGCGAAAUCGCCUGUCAGAGAGAGCAGAGCUAGAAAGUUCUAAAGUGGUGAAAGCCACUGCAGAAAAUGUUAACGAGGCUGUCCGAGAACUUCCUGAUGCCAACUUGAGACCAGAAGAUCUGUGGGCAAUUCAUUCUCGUCCUGUCUUCCCAAGACCUCACAAAAGGGGUAGUGCUAGUUGGUUAGCAAUACAAGAGAUUACUUCACGUGGUGAAAAAAUUGAUCUGCAUCAUUUUAAGCCCAUAAAACCCUUGGGUUGUGGUGAUACUGGCAGUGUCCAUUUGGUGGAACUACGAGGUACUUCUAUACUGUUUGCUAUGAAGGCAAUGGAGAAGUCAAUAAUGUUGAAUCGUAACAAGGUUCACCGAGCAUGCGCUGAACGGGAAAUAAUUUCACAACUGGAUCAUCCAUUUCUUCCUACGCUAUACACUUCAUUUGAGACUUCUACACACGUUUGUUUGAUAACAGACUUUUGCUCGGGCGGAGAGUUAUUUGCUUUGCUUGAUAAGCAGCCUAUGAAAUUCUUCAAGGAGGACUCUGCUAGGUUCUAUGCUGCAGAGGUUGUCAUUGCCUUGGAAUAUCUUCACUGUCUAGGUAUAAUUUAUCGCGACCUUAAGCCUGAAAAUAUUUUACUCCAGAAGGAUGGACAUAUUGUCUUAACAGACUUUGAUUUAUCAUUUAUGGCCUCCUGUAAACCACAGAUUAUAAGGCAUCAAUCACCUAAGAAGAGAAGGAGAUCUAGUAGUCAACCACCACCAACAUUUGUUGCAGAACCAGUUAAUCAAUCAAAUUCCUUCGUUGGAACUGAAGAGUACAUUGCUCCUGAAAUUGUUACCGGUACAGGCCACAGCAGUGCUAUUGAUUGGUGGGCUCUUGGUAUUUUGUUGUAUGAGCUGCUAUAUGGCCGCACCCCUUUCAGGGGGAAAAACAGACAAAGAACAUUCACCAACAUUUUGCACAAAGAUCUGACCUUUCCAAGUAGCAUUCCGGUGAGCCUUGCAGCACGGCAGUUGAUCAAUGCGUUGUUGCAAAGAGACCCUGCCACACGUUUAGGAUCCACUACUGGUGCAAACGAAAUCAAACAACAUCCUUUUUUCCGUGGAAUUACUUGGCCUUUGAUCCGUUGCAUGAGCCCUCCACCGUUAGAGGUGCCUCUUCAGCCUAUUGGUUUUGAUCCACAGGCCAAGGAUAUAUCGUGGGAAGACGAUGGGGUUCUUGUAAAUUCAAUGGAUAUGGAUAUUUUCUAAAGAACCAAUUGGAUUGAAUCAUGGACAUGUAUGGUGCAUUAAGUCAUAGCCUUCCUAUCUGAGCGCAUGGGGACACUUUGCUCUUAAAAGUAUGAAUUUUCGAAUCAUUCUAGUGGAGGGAAUGAUCAGCUAAGAGGCUUUUACAAUGAGAAGCUUGUUUUGAUUUUUGGCUGGGUUCUGAGGAAGUUGUCUAGGAGUCGACCGUUGCGACCGUUGCAAGCAACUAUAUUUAACCAUGAAUAAAUGUUCCUUUUAUAACUAACACUUUUUGGCUAUAAUGUUGAUAUGAAUGAGUAUCCUAUGAAGUUUAUGUUAUCUUCACUGUUUCUAAGUUAAAUUCACAGGGAAAACACAGGCAAAGGACGAAGGUGAUGAAACCAACACAUUCACAUCUUGGAAUAUUUCAUUGGAAACAAAUAUUUGCCGGCUGGAAUUAAUGAUUAAUCUUUGUCAA